AGUCAGCGUGCGUUACAAGGAGGUUUUACCUGUACAGUGGUGCACAGUGGAAAAUGGCGAGCUGGUGUGUGCGAGCAGUGAGACAGAGCUACUCGCUUGUAGCUUCGCCUGCGCUAAUAAGAGCGUCUCCACGGUUGUUAUGUACUGCCACCCAGCAGAAGAAUGGCGACAGGUCAGAGGAGGAGGCUGAAAAGCCAGAGCAGAGCGCAGCGGAGAAAGUCCUGGUGGAGGAGAAGACCCAGCUGGAGGAGCAGCUAAAGGACAUGACAGAUAAGUACAAACGGGCCUUGGCAGACACAGAGAACCUCAGGACGAGGAGUCAGAAGAUGAUAGAAGAUGCUAAAUUAUACGGGAUCCAGGGUUUCUGUAAGGACCUGCUGGAGGUUGCCGACAUCUUGGAGAAAGCCACAGAGAGCGUGCCCAAAGAGGAGGUGACGAGCCAGAACCCUCACCUGAAGAACCUGUACGAUGGCCUGGUGAUGACCGAGGUCCAGAUCCAGAAGGUGUUCACUAAGCACGGCCUGGUCAAGCUCAACCCCGACGGCCAGAAGUUCGACCCCUACGAGCACGAGGCCCUCUUCCACGCCCCCGUGGAGGGCAAGGAGCCCGGCAGCGUCGCCGUAGUAACAAAAGUGGGCUACAAGCUUCACGGCCGCACCCUGAGGCCAGCGCUGGUGGGCGUGGCCAAAGCCCCCUAGAAAUAAUGAUGUAACUGUGACAAAGUGGGAUUUGUUUUGUUCCCUUCAGGUACAGCGAACUGGUCAAGGCACCCUGUCGCCCUUUUCCCCACAAGCCUGUCCUCACACUCCCCCCACCCUAAGGUGCCUCACAGGAACGGGAACCCAACAGAACUGAACUUUGUAUCUGGACAAUAUUUACCAGUUUUUAACAGAUACAUCACACUUUGUCUGGCACAGGAUACUCUUUACAAAAACAUUUCAGUCUGUCAUAUGAGUCACUUCAGAGUCAGUUAUUGUCAGAGUUUGUUAAUAAAAUCAGUCAUCAGAUCACAGGCAGAGGCUUUCAUGCCUCCUCCUGCAGCCGUCAGUCGUAACUGGAAGAGAAGCAGGUGAAAUAUGACGGUGAACAGGCGAUCAUAAACCCCUCUAGUUUGGAAAACUUUCGGGUGAGCUAUGAUGUAAAAUCCAUCCACAAAUUGAGUAGUGCUGAUUCUGACCUGCUGGUAUCAUUCCGGCUUUUUCUGUAAAGCCCUGAUAAUCUCGAACCUGACUCCUCAGUCGUCUUUUCUUGUUUGUGAGUUUUAAAUUCAUGGUGCGAAUAAAGCAAGGAACAGUACCUGAGGAGAUGAAGAAAGGCUUGAGAUGUUAGUCUGUGCUGAGGUGGGCCGCACAAAGCCUCUAUGGUUGAAGCCUUUUUUUGUUCGCUGGCUCUGAUAAGCCAGCCUCAGUCACUGGAACGUCCCGAUGCCACAGUUCAGGUCUGAAGUGCUGGACAGUGAUGUAACAGCUUUAUCUGUAAACUAGAAUAACUGUCUAUGGACCAUUGGCCAAACUGUCACAGCAUCAGAAUAAACUGAUCAAAUCUGAAAGGCGUCUUAAUUUAGUGUUUGUCUUUUACACACAUCUUGAAAGAAAAGGCUAUAAUUGCUGCCUGACAGUUGUCUGCCUGUCAACCAGUUCAGUUGCAGUUCACAUUCAUGACUGUGCAGACUCAUAUAUGUAGUGAAGACUGUGAAGGAGUUUAAUAAAAGGUAUUAAGUGUAUCUUUUGGUGAAAUGGUUAUUAUCACUAUAUUGAUAUGACAGUGAAUAAUAUCCAGUGAGAGCUGGAUAACUAACAAUCAGCUGAGGGUCAAGAUCAGCAGAACCAUUGAGCCUGUGGUGAAUCCAAUGUUCCUAAUAUGAAUGACGCUGUAAAGAAGCUACAAAUGGUAAAACAUGGAGGCUUCACACACAUCUUUAACCAGCAGCACAGAAGAUCUAAACAAUCAGCACAGUUUUAAGAUCAGUGUCACCAGUUGAGUAUCUGAGCACAUGUGAAACAUGGUCACAGUCUGCCUUCUGUUAUUCUGAUGAAUAAUGACCAGAAGUGUUUUGGCAGAUCAUCAUGUAACAGUGAAUUUGACCUUUGACCUUU